UACAGAGGAAGGACAAGCCCAGUAGUGAAAGCCCAAUAGCCCACGUCCUCCAUCCGCUCGUCCACUCCCAAAUCCCGUCUCACCCUCUCUAACCCUAACGGCGGGAAAGCGGCCGGCGGCGGCGGCGCCGGGAAGGAGAGCACCCAGGCGGGCAGGCCCGCGGCCGCGGCUAGACACGGCUACACGGGACGUCUCGGCACGCCAAAGCUCCGAACUAGUCGGUCGGAUCGGCUGUCCUCGGCCCUAUAAAUCCCAGCGCAUCUCCUUGGUUUCCCGACCCUCGAUCGCCUUCUUUGCCGCGCUCACCGAACCCAUCCCUCCUCCUCUUCGUCGAGUUCAAGGUUCAUUGGUUGCUUCCACGUGAACAGGUGGACUCAGUUCGACAGCAUGGGUGAACGGGUGAUGUGUGUAUGGCAUUGCCACACCGCUCACCGUAAGUGAUAUAAAGGUUUGAAGGUGGUGGGUCACCGCACCUCACCACAACGCGGUAAUAACUCUGGUUCUAUCCCUUGCUAGUUGCUACUUGACUGCUGUAAUACGGAUCAAGCACGUAGACUUUUGCAAUGGCAAAUGAGGAGGACGUCAAACAGAGGCAGAUUGUUGAAACACGUGCGAGAAAUAUUAGCCACAAUGUUCGAUGCACUGAGUGUGGUAGCCAAUCUAUUGAAGAUUCACAAGCUGAUGUUGCAAUUUUGCUUCGAAAACUCAUUCGUGAUGAAAUUAAAGCAGGAAAGAGUGAUAAAGAGAUCUACAAAAAACUAGAAGAUGACUUUGGAGAGACGGUUCUGUAUGCUCCUAAAUUUGACCUUCAGACUGCUGGGAUAUGGCUUUCACCUGUCAUUGUGGGUGGUAUAGCAACUGGCAUCUGGGCUUAUCAAAAGCACAGGCAGAGGACAAACGUUCACAUUAUGGCCCUGAACCUCGUCCGAGGGGUUCCGCUGACUCCAAGGGAGAAGGAGACCAUGCUUGACAUCCUUACACCGCCACCACCGCCAAGGAGGUGGUGGUGGCCAGGUAACUGAUGGUCAUGUUCCUAUCGUGCAACAUAAGUACUCCAUUCCAAAGGUAGCAGCGUCUAAAUAUCAGGAUGGCUAUUUUUUGGCACCAUGUUUUGAUGUAUAUUGCAUAUCUGUAAACUUUGGAUCGCGAAUUUGGUUUAACCUAACAUCUGCGAUGUCUUUGUACUGCAUGGAACGUCUGGUAGGUAAGGAGCUAUGAAUUAUCUGAUGUUGCUGUUGUUGCUUUUCAACUAUGGAGCUCUCAUUUGUCAGCAGCCCUCACGUGUGCUGAACUGCUGAUGAGGUAACAAGCAGGCGAUGUCACUGCUGAUCAGAACACAGAACAGAACUUGUUCCAACACCAAGAUUAUCACUUUUCCCUUUCUUCUACCUAAGUGUCUCUAUGGUGUAUGCAUGUACAGUAUUCCCCUAUCUAUCUACUGAAUCUAUUUGGCUCUCGUUUA